AUGACUGCGCGUUCUGGCGAGAGCCACGAUGGCCUGCGCAGUCAGAGCAACCAGGCGAGCCGACGGCAAGGUUCCGGCGCCCCUAAACCGCGGGAUCACCCAGUCAAAAAUGGAUACGUUCAGAAGAGCAUACGAAAGAGGAAGCGUCCUGAUCCAAUAAGUCCGGUCAUCGAUAUGGUAGUAGCUCGACGCCUAUGCGAUCGUCUGCAAACAGACAAGCUGAAACACGAAUUCUUAUCCCUACUCACGAAAGCACACACCGGCCCAGAAAAGGCUCAGAUUCGGGGACUAGUGAGACAGGGGAGAAUCCUAUGGGUGAAGCACGGCGCCGAGCACUUCGAACGCGAGAUGGCCAAAUGCAUCCGGAAGGCUACCGACAAGAGGCGCACCGACGACAUCUAUGUGCGGCUCACCAAAAGCUUCCUUGACAUGAAGGUCGAGGACGCGGACGCGGACGCGGAUCGUGCAUCAUCCUCGAUGUCCUUAAUCCAGCCAAUAGAAGAUAUUGACAUGGUUGAUGUCCCGGAAUCCGCCGAAGACAACAUGGAUACGAAUUGGAUGUCUGAGGCUUAA